CACAGCUGUCUCAGCUCAGAAACUUGCGGGGACCGACAGAUAGAACAUCGCCAUUGAAUCCACUCCAAUCCACUUCCACCGAAGCCAUAUUCCCCCGCAAAAUGAGUCAGGAUUUAACUAACCAAACCAAACCAAACCAACUUAGUUAACUAGUUAUUAGUCAUUUAUUAAGAGCCGGAGUGACGAAUGACUGACUGCCUGGUUAACCUAGUUACCCUACCCUGACAGACCACCUCACUCACUCACUCACUCACUACCUUAGCUUAGACGGGCCAAUCCCGCUUCCGUCAUCCAAAAUCAGCAGAGUACAAGCAAUCAAAACAUCCCCUCCCGCCUCCGCGUCUCUCGUGUCCAUCCCACGUAUGGUACGUAUGUAUGUAUGUAUGUAUGGAUGGAUGGAUGUAUAGCGGUGUUUUCUUGCCCCGCACCAUCUCCGCUCGCGCAUCAUCCCACAUCGUCCAAGCAGCGGUCCAGCGCCCGUCGGCGGGUUUAUGUGCCUAGGCAAAGGAAGACAGAUGUUAUAUAUCCAUCCGGGAUUUCGGCAUGAGGUUGAAAGAGGGGAGAGAGGGGAGAGGGGAGAGGGGAGGGAAAGCGGGCUGCUGCUAGCACAAGAGGCAUGUGGUGAGGUUUCCAUCCAGCAUCAACCUUUGAAGGGAGUAAAAAGGGCGCGCAGCUGAGCAAAACAGAGCAGAGCAGAGCAGGUUUUGGCUCUGUGAUGAGACGAUUUAUUCUCGCCCUCGGUAAAAGAAAGAAGGGGACACGGAACAUCCGCUCCUCGUUUUUUUUUUUUUUUUUUUUUUUUUUUUUUUUUUUUUUUAUGCCGAAGCGAAUCGAAUCAUGACCACCAUGACCAUGACAUACAUAACUUCCGAAUUCAUUCAAGCCCCCCGCCGCUGCCCGCCACCGGAUGUGGGAUGGGAUGGGAUGGGAUGGGAGCCCCAGGUUCAAACAAACGACGAAGCUCUGAACAUCCAACUAACCAACCUAGCAGAAAGGAUUCAGAUUAGGGACAGGACAGGCUACUCUACUGUGCAAGUCGUCGGGCAGGUUGGCAUAUUUCGGCAGGUGGCCGCGUGAAUCGAUGGGUCCAUUUUGACACGUUUAAAAAGCUCAACUUCUCCGCAUUUCUCAAUCAAGUACGGAGUCAGUGAUCACUACUAAUAAACAAUUGCCGGGGGGCCGGGAGGAGGGGGGAAACGGGAAACGAGGAUUCCAUGUGAAAAGAGGGCCGUGGAAUGAAAUGGGAUGAUGUCAAAGUACCGAACCUACCAGAGGGAGGAGGUUUGGCUUUGAUUCUUUACAGUCAGCUAUACUCCGUAGUUAUAGUUAUAUAGUUAACUGAUGUGUAACUAAAAUGUAUAAAACAAAAAGUCACCGACCUCAUAUUAAUAAGCUUAAAACACCCCCCUUGUAUGUUGUCAGCGCUAUCUAUCAUCAGCCUUUCAGGGAGUUGUCAGCGGCGUGCAUCUCGCGCGCAAGUAUGAAAAGUUUUGAAACAACUUUGUCCUGACUCCUCAGCGGGGGCCAAAUUGGCCUCAUGGGGAUUAAGAAUAAUUAUUUAAGUUAGCAAUCGUCGAGAGAUAGUCUUGAACUACUAUUGUUAUUUCAUGCCACAGCCUGACGAAUUCUAGAGGAAUCUAAUCUAAUUCCGCCGCCAAACUGUAACUAACUAGUUACAUAACAACGCCAAACAAAAGCUGAACAAGACUUUUCUCCCUUUCCUGACCUCUUUAUUUCUUUGUGAUUUCUACGCAUAUGCCGCGCGGCGGAACAUGCCUUUGCUUUUUUUUUUCUUUUUCCGCUUUAUAUGCAGGCGGUGCGUCGAACCUCUGGCCCGGCCCCGAACGGCGACGCGACAGGAAAAAAAAAAGGGGGGUCCCAUUGCAAGGCCAACAACGUUCAGAGCGCCCUACGCCGGCCAGCCACAAAAAGGUUAAUUUUGCUGCUAGCGGGGAAUGCGCUGUCGGUUUGGUUUAGGGAUCGCAGACCCUGAAUAAUAAGGACGACAGCCCCGGCAAUUAUUAGUGCAGUGGUUAUUAACUGCGUAGGCCCUUUCUUCGGGGCGACCCUUGCUUAGACUAGACUGCUCAAGGGAAAGGGUGGUGGUCCGGUCCCCUACCUUACCCCUACCGCCGGUUUUCCUUUUUUUUUCUUUCUUUUUUCUUCCUCUGCAGGUUAACUAUUUGUCCGAGUAUUUAAUAAAUAGAUCGCCUGUGCCGGCCCUUUUAGAUCUUGCUUGGGGAGGAAAGGAAAGGGUUUGCUUUCUCUUCUCUCUCGUUUUUAUAUAUAUAUAUUACUGGUAGAGAGCGGCUUGUGGGAGCUUGUGACCUACGCCUACUUCUCCUCCACUUCUUCCUCCUCCUCCUCUCAUUUAUUGAAAGGACUGAGGGCCGUAGGUUGUUCCCGGUCGUCGUUGUUUAUAACGAGGGAAUAUGCGGGGUUGGAAUUGGAAUUGAAUUUUGAAAUCGAAUCCACUCUUCCUUUUUUUUUUUAAAAAAAAAUAUAUACAUAGCGUAUAGACUCGGUGUUGUUUUUAUAUAUAUCAGGGACCUACUCCGUUGCUCUUUUGCGCAGUCGUCAGUCGCUUGUAUUACACAUAUACCCCGUUGAACCUUCCUUACCUGAGUGGUACUAUAAGCCUGAGAAGAAUUGAUUGAGCAAGCGCGAUCCAUCCCCUGCCGCCUCCCAGCUUUAGUUCCUGCUCCCGUCAGCAGCAGAACACACUGUGCCUCGAUCCUGGUAGUCUAUCAACCGACAACCGACACAUGGCUGUGGACGAGGAAAAGGUCCCCGCUAAGACGACGGCGACGACGGUGCUGGUAGCGACAGGUGAUAGUAAUGAUGGUAUUAUCGUUAGCAAUAAUAGUCUCACCAAUAUCAAUGAUACCAGCGACGACGGCAACGAUGGCGUUUACGAGGUCGACAAUGCCGAUCCUGCCGAACUGACCUUGCUGCAGUCUAUCAAACGAUUCCCUAGAGUCGUCGGAUAUGUCUUUGCCGCAUGCCCUGGUAUAUUGCUAUAUGGAUUCGACAUGGUCAUCGUCAGCACUCUGACUGCAAUGCCUGAGUUCCAACGCGACUUUGGUGAAGUACUCCGAGGAAAGCCCAUUAUCCCCUCCGCAUGGUUGGGAGUAUGGACCGCCGCACCAUCCAUAGGCAACAUUGCUGGCGCAGCCGUCGCCGGCUGGGUAUGCGAUCGCUUCGGCCGCCGUUUUUCGCUCAUGCUGGGCGCCCUGAUAUCCGCCAUUGGCAUCGCCAUUUGUUUUGCAUCCGCCUUCGCGGCCGGCAUCGACGCCCGUCGGGGCAUAUUCUUGGUGGGCAAGCUUGUGGAGGGCUUCGCGGCGGGACAGGUGGUCUGUACCGUGCAGAUAUACACCUCUGAAAUCGUGACGCGAGCGCUGCGGGGUUCCAGUCAGGCGCUGCUACCCGUGAUGACGAUGACGGGGCAACUUAUCGGCGCGUUGGUUGUGUUUGCUUGCUUGUCUGUCAAGGGGCGGGACGGGUAUUUGAUUGCCGUGGCGUCGCAGUGGUUGUUUUCUGUAAUAUUGCUUUUUAUUACGAUUUUCAUUCCUGAGAGCCCGCCGCAUCUUAUCCGUGUGGGUAAGAUAGAUCAAGCGCGCAAGGCGCAGCGACGUCUUCAUCGGAAAGAAGUUGAUACAGAUAAGAUGGUGGAUAAGCUUGUUGAGAUUUUGGAGCAGGAGCGGGAGAUGAUGAAGAGGCUGGGUUCGCAGGUGCGGUUCAUCGAUUGCUUUAGAGGGAUUGAUCUGCGGAGAACCAUUAUUGUGCUGGUGUGCCAUAUGAUGCCGCAGAACUUCGGACUGGGCUUGCUCUCGACUGCCAGCUACUUUGCGCAGACUGUUGGCAUCCCCCCUUUCUUGAGUGUUCUGUUGUUGGAGAUUGGUAUUGCGGUGGGCCUGGUCGCGAAUAUCAUAUCUGUGUGGACAUUAUCUGUUGCGAAGCGGAGGCCGCUUAUGCUGUGGACGCUUGGUCUCACUGGGUUGUUUUGGGGCGCAAUAGGGAUUUCGGGAUGUUUUGAUAGCCCGGUGACGAAAUGGAUCACUGCCGCAGGUAUGAUCGUCAUCAUUUUUGUCUGUGGAAACGGAAUCUGGCCCGUCUCUGUCCUUGCCACGGCAGAGACAUCCUCCCUUCGACUCCGUGGUCGGACGCAAGCUGUCGGCUGGGCCAUGCACGGCAUAUAUGCAUGCAUCUUUGCAGUUGUAUUGCCAUACAUUUACAACACCGACAAAGGUAAUCUUGGAGCUAAAACCGGGUUUGUAUUUUUUGGUCUAUCUGUCCUGAGCUGCGGUUUGAUUUGGAUGCUUGUGCCAGAGAUGGGCGGAAGGUCUCCCGCGGAAUUGGAUCUGCUUUUUGAGCAUAAUGUCCCCACGAGGGAUUUCUUGAAGUGGUCGGCUGAGAAGAGUAGUCGGAAAGGUCCGGAUGCUGUUGCUUCUGCUGCUGCUUCUGCUGCUGCAGUGAGCGAUGAUGAGAAGAACAAGAGGAGUUCUGAGCAUGUUGAGAUAGUGAGUGGGUAGGCGGUCCAUUUUUGAUUUUUGUUGGGUUUAACCCUUUUCUUUUCGUUUUUUCUUUUCUUGAGAUGGGUAGGGCAAGUUGAUUGGGUUAGUUAUAAGGGAUAUAGAUGCCCCGAUUUUGCAUGUUGCUGUUUUUCCUGAUGUAGAUAUCAGUCUUGGCCACUUUUUGAGGCUAUCGCAGACAUCCACGGGAGACAAUUUUAAACGCGCGCGCCAGCAUCGCAAUAUGUGUGUGGAAAACUGAUCAAAACGACGUAAAGAUGUAGAAAACUAGUAGCUAGAUCUUGAAUAUGGAUCCUAUUAUUUGGAAUUGGCAUGAUCAGCAUCUCCCCGUGAGGUUCUGGAGUGAAUGUGGGAUGCAGCUUGGACUUACUUGUUGGCUUUAGCGCGCGG